AAUUUAAAUUAGCUCAAAACUUGCCCAAAAAAACUGCCAGAAAAGCUACUUUUGGGCAAGUUUUUGCAGCUACGAAUUACAAACAUUCCAUAUAUUUUCAAUUUCAAUUCUUUUUAGGCAUAUGGUACUAAUUUGAAAAUAAAUUUCCCCCUAGAACCUGCAAAACCCCUUAAAACUGUAUGAAAAAUUGUCAUUUUAAUAGAAUUGUUGUCACAGCAUUCCCUUGUUUCAUUGAUUAUUGGGGGAAGAUAUUAUAUAAUAUAAGAUGGAUAAGACAAGAUAAGAUCAUUUGUAUGUGGCUGGGUGCGUUGAUCCACCCCGGCCACUAGAGGUCAGUGUUCAUCAUCACAUAGUGAUGGGAGACAGCAGUUCCUCCUCCUGUCCAGGUCCUGGCAGUAAAGCGACUUUGACGUUGGGUUCUGUCGAUGUUAAACCUUCCAGACAAAGAAUGUGAUAAUUAAGCAAAUGCUGUACAUAUAUAUUCACGAUAUUCAUGAUACAUUAUUUGCGUCAUAACAAGAUGGAACGGGGAAAUUAUUAUAGAGACCAAAACCGUUUUUGUACCCGGCUGUAAACAUUGUUUAUUUCUGCUGUAAAUCUGUUUGUUUUAACGUUAGGAUUUAUGGUAAUUAACCAUUGAGUCGCAUUUGGAGCCAGGCUCGAGUGGCCGUUUUGGCUUUUCCGCGUUGGCUUUUCCAGUCACCGAGGUUACUGCUUGCGUGAACCCUACCUGGACUCACAGCUGGAAUGUUUUAAUUACUAAUAAAAGAGGUUUCUAUCAUGACCGACCCAGUUCAGACCACCUCUGACAGUCUGUGUAAACUCGUCCGCUGGGCUCACAGCCACGGCACCAUCUGCAACCUCAUCCCCAGCCUGCAGCACCUCACUUGUGGUACCUAUGGUAACGUACUUACACUGGAGGCCAUACCCCAUGCCAGCAGUGUCCCUGUCGCCGUUUGGGGUUGUGGUGCUGGACACGCCUACCAUUGGCCCCUCAGUGACCGUAGCAACGGCUGCGGAGGCUCAGCGAAUACCAGCCAGGGCCUGGAGAGGAUUGUCGGAGGACGUCCGUCCAAUAAGGUGAGAGUGAAGGCGUCAUGUGACCUCUCCUGCAGCGAAGCAGCAUCAGAGGGGGAGGAGUUCAGCAGCCGGCUGUUUGACAUGGCUGGAUGUGAUUCAUCGGCCACAGACGAAGAUGGCGACUACGAGCCCCGCCUAUACAGGAAAAGAUGCAGGGCACCGGGAGGAGCAGUUGACGGGAAGAAGGUCAAGCAGGAAGCAACCUCAGCAGAGAAUACUGAACUACUGCAAACAUAG